UGGAUUUGCAGCUGAGCAACUUAGAGGCUAUUAGAAAAGACCCAAGUAGCCUUGAACUUACAGGUGAAAGGGGGAAAGGAUGUUUUUUUAAAAGGUGUGAGAGGAAGCCAGAAGAAGGGAAUCUUUUCAGGUCAGGCCAAGAGGUAUUGAUUGUGUAUUUGUGGAUGGCUACUUUGACAAUGAAUUUGGUCCCUGAGACCUUGGAAUAUGGUUGGCAAAAUAAGAUAAGAUUCAUUAUUCUAGACAUAUAGGAAUCUAAAGUUGGUCCUGAAACAAGACAGCCCUGGAUAAUCUGCAGCGAAGUCUAAGUGUUGGAGAGAUUCUGAUUAGGGAAAGGAUGAAUUUGAGAAGCUGACAUUCCUAAGAUCUUUGUCUUCUCUCAGCCAAACUUUACCUUAUGAUGAAACCACAGAAUCAUUUGUUCACAGCCACAUGGCAGAUAUUGUGCAUAUCCUAAAUCUGCUGGUGCAAGAGGAGCCCUUGCAUUCUCUCUUCAGCCCUGUGCGCCGGCAGGUCUUCGUUACCAUUGCUGACCUCAGUUACCAAGAUGUCCAUUUGUUGCUUGGCUCUGAAGAUCGGGUUAACUUGUUCAGUCUUAUCAUCAAAAGUAUAAUCACUCUGCCUUCUGUAAAGACCCUUAUCCAGCUGCAGGAAAUCAUGCCAAGUGGGCCCUACAAGUCAGAGUGUCUCUACAGGCACACAUUUCAGGCAUUCUCUGAGAUGCUCCAGAGUUUGGUGGUAGAAGACCCACAUUUGGAAAAUCUCAACAUCCUUUUUAAGUACCUGGGCCCCUGGUUACAAUCAAUCAAAGACCAUGAGCGAGAACGGGCUACAGCCAGCAUGGCGCAAGUUCUGAAGUGCUUAUCCAGACAUCUCAACUUGAAGCUUCCUCUCCGAUUCCAAAGACUUGGACACCUGGUGGCUUUGAUGGCGCUGCUGUGUGGGGACCCACUGAAAGAGGUGGCCGAGGAGGCUGCAGAGGGCAUGCACUACCUGCUGCACAUCACCCUGAGGCUGAAGUAUAUCACUCAUGACAAGAAAAAUCGGCAAAGCUUGCGGAGAGCAAUGAAAAAAUGUCAAGAACUGCUAGAGCCCUACAGUAUUAAAUGGUUUUACAGUUGUCCCUUCAAAAUUGCCCAGGUCUUUGAAGUUUUUCUCAAUUCAAAUGAACUCUGUCAGUUUGUUAUGACUACACUGGAUGCCCUGAAAAGUCUAAAACAUCCCAGCACUCAGCAAUCAGCAGGAGAAUUGCUGAUAACACUGGUGAAAAAUGCAGAGUCACGAUUUGAGAAGGUGCCAGAAAUUAUGGGAGUUAUCUGUGCCCGGCUAUCUGUAAUCAGCCAGCCUAGUGUGCGCCAACAAAUCAUAAACACUGUGAGCUUGUUUAUCUCCAGGCCCAGAUACACAGAUAUAGUGCUCAGCCACCUUCUGUGUCAUCCAGUACCAUAUGACAGGCAUCUGGCUGAGUUGUGGAGAACUCUGGAGGUAGAGCUGCCCAGCACGACCUGGAUUCUGUGGCGGCUCCUGAGGAAGCUGCAGAAGUGCCAUAGUGUGCCCACCCAGGAGAAGAUGGCCUAUGUGGCUGUUGCUGCAACAGAUGCCCUUUAUGAGGUGUUUGUGGGAAACAAGCUUCGAGCAGCAACAUUCCAACUCUUUCCUCAGCUUCUCAUGACACUGCUCAUCCAGAUUCACCACAGCAUCGGCCUUACCAUGUCUGAUGUUGCCAUCCCAAGUGGCCUGUACACAGAACAGGAAGUGUCUUCAGAAGUCACCCCUUUGUGCUUUGCCAUACAGGCUACAAAGACUCUCCUUCUCAGAACUUUGUGUUGGCGAGAAUUCAACAUCAUGGAAAAGUAUAAAGGAUGGACCCUUCUGCAAGGAAAAGAUGGCCAUCUUGAGGGAGUAUCUCUCCUUGCCAACUUCUCCAGAGUCCAGUGGCUAGGAGACUCCCCAACAUAUAUUCCGUUGCCCGGUUAAAAGACUGGCUACACCAUGGGAAUAAUCUCUUCAGAGUUCUUGGCCUGCGAGGACUGUGCCAUCUUCUGAGACACCAGGAGAUGGUAGGAGAGACUCCUGAACAACUGAUUCUUAAGUCACAAAUAAACCAUAUCCCAAAAAAAAAACACCGUAGAAACUGAUAACAGCUGUCUCUCCAGAGGAG